UCAGGCUUUAUUUAAUUCGGAGGGAGUUGUGAGGGUGCAGUGUACUGCAAAGAAACCAGGAUGCACAGAAGACACAAUCCAGAGAAAAGUAUGAAUCUGUCCGUAGAGAGACUAACAGAAGCUGCUGCUAUGGGUCGGACUGAGGUAGUAAGGGAGCUCCUUGAAUCAGGCACUGACCCCAAUGCCGUGAACCGCUUCGGCCGGAGAGCCAUUCAGGUCAUGAUGAUGGGCAGUGUGCGCGUGGCAGAGCUCCUGCUGCAGCACGGAGCAGAGCCCAACACCCCAGACCUGACAACCCUCACUCUACCAGUCCACGACGCUGCCCGGGAGGGCUUCCUGGACACCCUGAUACUGCUUCACCGGGCAGGGGCACGGCUGGACGUCAAGGACGCCCUGGGUCGCCUCCCCUUGGACCUAGCUGAGGAACAGGGACACCACCUCGUGGUCACAUACCUGCGCGAGGUGGUGAAGGGAGGAAUGAAAUCCACGACCCGGGAUGUAGAAUAGGAUCCUCCAGAUUUCGAUAUUCUCCAUAAACUUAGAAGGCUUACUAGAAAGUUGGAAGACUGAGGCCCAACAAAGGGGUUCCUGCCCUGCAACUUCAAAAGGCUUAGUUCUACAUACUUAUACUGCCUUGCUUUGUCUUCAGCUAAACCUCGCUUAGCGUUUCCAUACUUGGUCGGGGUAAUUUUUAAAUAAACUUGCUUCUCUCUGAGGCCCUGAAA